AUGACAACUAACGAAAAUCGAGAGUUACAAGAGGAGGAGUUUUUAGCACUAACUUCAAUAUUUGGGGAAGUUUCCUUUCAAGCAGUUUCCGAAUCAUACCCCUCUUAUAUCUUUAAAUUGUCCCUGGAUAAUAGUAUUAAUGAUAUUGAGACAACAAAUGUAAUAGACAAUAAAUCAUCUAAAAAUUUAACUUUAAGAUUUCAUUUUCCACCAAAUUAUCCUUCUUCCGAACCUCCCAAUUAUGAAAUAGUAAGUUUAUAUUGUGGUACACUAAAAAUUGAUCAAAAUAUAAAGGAUGAAAUCGAAAAAAACUUCAAUCAAUUAUUUGUUCCUGGUGAAGUAGUUAUAUUUUCUUGGAUUGAAUGGCUUCAAGAUUUCAUCAAAACCAAAAUUGACAAUGAAGAUGGAUUAAUAAAUAUAAGGAAUAAAAACCAGUUAUAUGAAAAAGAACAUAUCAUUUCAAGCGUGAUAAACACCGAAAAAAAGUUGAAUAAUAAUGACAUUAUUAUUAAUGAGUGUCCAAAAAUCAUACAUGGAGAACCAUUAGAACAUAAAAAAUCAUUGUUUAUUGCUCAUUUAGCUUCUGUAUCAAAUAUACAACAAGUUCAACUUGUGAGAACUACUUUAUUGUUAGAUAGAAAGAUUGCUAAAGCUACACAUAAUAUAAUGGCUUAUCGAAUUGUUCAAGAAAAUGGUUUAUUAAUACAAGAUAACGAUGAUGAUGGCGAAACGGCUGCUGGAAGUAGAUUACUACAUUUAUUACAAAUUACUGAUGCAAAAAAUGUUGUUGUAAUCGUUUCAAGAUGGUUUGGUGGAAUUUUGUUAGGUCCAGAAAGAUUUAAAGAUAUACUAAAUUGUUCUCGGGACCUUUUAGAAAAAUGUGGUUAUAUUACAAGAAAUACUAAUAAUAAUAAUGAACACAAAUCUUCAGGAAAAUUUAAAAAUAAAAAGAAAAAAUAA